AGCCCUACCCAUUUUCAAGGAGGAAAAAGAGUUUCAGGUAUCCACAAUGGCUCUCUGCAACUCUAGAAAUCCGAAUCUCCUUUCCCGAAUCCUUCUUCUCCUUCACUUUCAGAUCUCCUUCUUUCUCCUCUUACCCAGUCUGAUUCCUUCUGCAAAUUCCAUCUUCUUCAAUUUUUCCAGUUUUGAUAUAAACACAAAAGAUAUUAGGUUGGAGGGAAGUGCUUCCAUCUCAAACCAAGUCAUCCAAGUCACUGGAUACCCACCUAGCAGAAGCAGAGUUGGCCGAGCUUCAUACAGAAAACUAGUCCACCUUUGGGACAAAUCAACAGGAAACUUCACUGACUUCAACACCCAUUUCUCCUUCAUCAUCAGUUCCAAUCAGUACAUCUUUGGUGAUGGUCUUGGUUUUUAUAUUGCCUCCAAGGAUUCCACCCUUCCCUUGAAUUCAACAGGUGGGUUCCUUGGUCUUGUUGAUUCUCACUCCACAGAAGAUCAGAUUUUUGCAUUGGCCUUGGAUACAGCAAGCCAAGAAUGGAGCCCAAGGACCCAAUUUAGUGAGAUCAAUAACUACUCUAUCAAAUCUCAGGUUUGUAUGCCAUGGGAUGAUUUUGGCAUUUUGGGUGGAAAAAGAGCUAAUGCUUGGGUAAGUUACAAUUCUAGCACCAAAAAUUUGAGUAUCUUCUUGACUUAUGCUGAGAAUCCAGUUUUUAUGGGGAACUCUACCCUGUCUUACACUGUUGAUCUGAGAGAUAAAUUACCAGAAUGGGUUAUUCUUGGAUUUUCAGCUGCAACAGGGUCGAUCACCCAGUCAUAUAGUGUUCUUAAUUGGGAGUUUAGUUCUAAUUUGGAGAUGGGUCAUGAAUCAAACAACAAAAGAUUGAAGGUGGGUCUUGGUGUUGGUGUUGGUGGAGGUGGCUUGAUUGUCUUCAUUGGUUUGGCUUUGUUCCUCUUAUGGAAGAAGCUCAAUAGAAGUGCAUAUCAAGACCCUGAUGUGAUAUUUGAUGAAACCUUCGAUGAUGAAUUUGACAAGGGAACAGGACCUAGAAGGUUUUUCUAUGGCGAAUUGGUUCGUGCAACUAAUGAUUUUGCAGAAGAAAGGAAGCUUGGAGAAGGAGGAUUUGGAGGUGUUUACAGAGGUUUCUUGAGUGAUGUGAACAUGGAUGUAGCUGUUAAGAGAGUCUCUAAAACAUCCAAGCAAGGGAUUAAGGAAUUUGUCUCUGAGGUGAAGAUCAUUAACAGAUUGAGACAUAGGAAUUUGGUUCAAAUUGUUGGCUGGUGCCACCAGAGAGGUGAGCUUCUCAUUGUUUAUGAUUUCAUGCCAAAGGGUAGCCUUGAUUUCCAUCUAUUUAGAGGGGAAAGUCCAUUAAAAUGGGAGGUGAGAUACAGGAUAGCUCUUGGCUUGGCCUCUGCACUACUCUAUCUGCAUGAAGAGGGAGAUCAAUGUGUAAUACACAGAGAUAUUAAAUCCAGCAAUGUAAUGUUGGAUUCAAAUUUCAAUGCUAAACUUGGGGAUUUUGGAUUGGCUAGGCUGAUUGAUCAUGAGAAGACUUGGAAAACAACUGUUUUGGCUGGUACCAGAGGUUACAUGGCACCUGAAUGUGUUAUUACUUGGAAGGCUACCAAAGAAUCAGAUGUUUACAGCUUUGGAGUUGUUGCAUUGGAAAUUGCUUGUGGAAGAAGACCUGUAGAUCCUAAGGCUGAAGAAAACAGUGAAAUGUUGGUGGAGUGGGUUUGGAGACUUUAUGGAACAAGAAAGGUUCUUGAAGCAGCUGAUGAGAGACUGAAUAUGGAUUUUCAUGAGCAACAAAUGGAGUGUUUGAUGGUUGUUGGGUUAUGGUGUGCUCAUCCUGAUUAUAAGCUUCGACCUACAAUCAGAAAAGUGGUGCAAGUUCUUAAUUUCGAAGCUUCAUUGCCCAUUCUCUCAUCUAAGAUGCCAGAAACCACUUACUGCGAUACUCCAUUUGAUGCUUUGGGUUCAUUUUCAUCUACUGCACCAUCUCUAAACAUUACAGAUUUUGACAGAGGUCGAACCUAA